AUUUCGCAGGAAUAAAUCUUUAUUCUGAUUAUAUUUAUUCUAUUCCAAAAAAAGCUUGCGCAAAUUUAUGAUAUGAGUGGAAUAGUGACAGUGGUUGCACCUGUGAAUAUAGCUGUAAUAAAAUAUUGGGGCAAGCGCAACGAAGAAUUAAUAUUACCGUUAAAUGAUUCCGUUAGUGCUACAUUAGAUAUAAAUGUUAUGUGUGCUAAAACUUCGGUUUGUGCUAGACCAGACUUUGAUGAAGACACGAUAUGGCUGAAUGGAAAGAGGGAGUCAUUCUCUAACCAACGAUUGCUGAAUUGUUUGAGAGAAAUAAAAGAUCGGGCAGCGUACGAAAAAAGUGUGGACAACAUUUUUCUGACUUGGAAAGUUCAUAUAUGUUCGGAGAAUAAUUUUCCUACGGCUGCUGGACUGGCUUCCUCAGCUGCCGGGUACGCAUGCCUGGUAUCGGCUUUAGCGAAAUUAUACAAGGUGAAAUCUGACGUCAGUUUAAUCGCAAGAUUGGGCUCGGGAAGCGCUUGUCGCAGUGUGUACGGUGGAUUCGUAAGAUGGCAUGCGGGAUUGAAAUCAGAUGGAUCAGAUUCUAUUGCAACACAAGUUGCAGAUUCUAAACAUUGGCCAGAAAUGAGAGCUUUAAUUCUUGUUGUAGGGGAAUCAAAGAAGAAAAUUAGUUCAACUAAAGGCAUGAAGAUAUCUACUGAAACAUCUGAUUUAUUAAAGUACAGAGUAGAGUAUUGUGUUCCCAAAAGAACUGAAGAGAUUUGUCAAGCAAUAAAGGAAAGAAACUACAAUAAGUUUGCCGAGAUAACAAUGAAGGAGAGUAACCAAUUCCAUGCGAUCUGUCUUGACUCCUAUCCUCCAUUUACAUACAUCACGGAGGUUUCACACAAAAUCAUUGAACUGGUUCAUACCUACAACGAAAUAUGUGGAGAGAUCAAAGUUGCAUAUACCUUUGAUGCUGGUCCUAAUGCAUGCUUGUAUCUGCUUGAGAAAGAAGUGCCUAAAGUACUGUCUCUUAUCAAGCAUGUUUUCCCGUCCUCAUCACCUGAAGCUUAUGUUACUGGACUUAGUUCUAGGAGUGAACAUUUGGACACCAACAUGUUGAGCAAAUUAUCUGUUCAGCCACAAGAAAAGGAUUUGAUCAAGUAUAUUAUUCAUACUAAAGUUGGUGAAGGCCCAACUGUACUUGUAGACGGUUCACAUCUCAUGAAUGAGGCUGGAAUUCCUCUAAGUUCUUAUUGACAUAUUUUUUAUAGUUUGGUGCAUGGUUGUGUAUCUAUUAUAAAUAAUUUGGAAUCUUUAUUAUGUCUGGUUUAGGAGCAACACAAAUAUUAUUUUCAAAUCUGAGAUCUACUAUUGUUAAAAAAAUAAAAUGUUAUG